CCAAUACCACUUUAUAUUGCAAGGCAUUCAUUCAUAUUUCGUGUUUUCAUGAAAUAAUGAUGUAAAUUUUGCAGCUUCUGAAGAAAAAAGUUUAUUAUUAUUGUUGACAGCACUGGUUUAUACUUGCCAUCUGUUAUUGAGCUGUGCAUGUGCAGGUAAAAAAAAGGAGAGACUUCAGGAGUCCGAGUACGUGGAUACAGUGUACGGAAACUUAUGUUCAUCGAAUCUUCGACGCGAAUCAAAGCAAGACUGUCAGAAGAGAUCUUCUCGUCAUUCUAUUCUUAAGAAUACAGUGCUUGCGAGCUCAGGAACACAGAAGGAAUUUGGUGCUGCUUUACCCACGCAAACAACCUUAGAAAGCGAUAAAAUGCAACAUAUAUCAGCUCGGAAAAGUGAAAGUAACGACUUGAAGAUAACUAAAACACAGGAAGAAUCUCAUUCACCUGUUUGCUCCGUGUCUUACGUUACAAUUCGUUAA